GGUGGCGGUAAUGCACCUUUACGCUGGUUGCCUCCCGCCUCAAAACCACAAAAAGAAGAAGAAGAGCGCAGCAAAGAUGGCGGAGGAGUGUUGUUACGGAACGGUUGGCGUGUUGAACUUGAGGUCUGUGUAGCGGCAGACGGUGUCGUGUUUUCGGGCUCGGUGUCAGAGUGUGGUCGCUGUCAGGAUGGCUCACCGUUACCUGCGGCUGUCAGCGGGCUCCCGGAGGCUGUUCCGCCUGCUGCUGCCCUCCACAGCUCCGGCCAGGCUGACGCCGUGUUCCAGCAUGGUGGGACAGGCAGAAGGUGGGCGGAGCCUGCUUCAUGACCUGCUGGGAGCGUACAGGACGCUGAGUUCAAGACCUCCUAAAGGGUUUGAGAAAUAUUUUCCAGAAAGUCAGAAAACUCCAAAAAACACAGACGCUGACUCACCAACCAAAGGUGGCGCUGUGGUGGAUCGUCUGGAGGUGGUUAAUAAGCGCUACGUUAAGGUGGUUUUCUCUCCAGGGAAGACGCAGGGCGACGGGUACGUGUGGUUCAACAUCGGCAGCGUGGACACGUUUGAGAGAAACCUGGAGACGGCUCAGUACGAGCUGGGCAUCGAGGGCGAGAACAGAGUUCCUGUGGUUUAUUCUACAGAGAGCGAUGGAACCUUCCUUUUGAGCAUGCUCCCCACCGUCCUCAUCAUCGGUUUCCUGCUCUUCAUGCUGCGGCGGGGACCUGCGGGGGCGGGGCGUCCGGGCCGAGGGAUGGGCGGGCUGUUCAGUGUCAGCGAGACGACAGCGAAGAUCCUGAAGGACGAAAUUGAUGUGAAGUUCAAAGACGUGGCGGGCUGCGAGGAGGCCAAGCUCGAGAUCAUGGAGUUCGUCAACUUCCUGAAGAACCCCAAACAGUACCAGGACCUGGGUGCCAAGAUCCCCAAGGGCGCCAUCUUGACUGGCCCUCCAGGUACAGGAAAGACUCUUCUCGCCAAAGCGACGGCGGGCGAGGCCAACGUGCCGUUCAUCACUGUCAACGGCUCGGAGUUCCUGGAGAUGUUUGUGGGCGUCGGCCCCGCCAGGGUGAGAGAUCUGUUCGUCAUGGCGAGGAAGAACGCCCCCUGCAUCCUGUUCAUCGAUGAGAUCGACGCAGUGGGACGAAAACGAGGGCGGGGAAACUUUGGCGGUCAGAGCGAGCAGGAGAACACCCUGAACCAGCUGCUGGUGGAGAUGGACGGCUUCAACACGGCCACAAACGUCGUCGUUCUCGCAGGAACCAACAGACCCGACAUCCUGGACCCGGCUCUGAUGAGACCGGGACGCUUCGAUCGACAGAUUUACAUUGGUCCUCCUGACAUAAAAGGUCGAGCAUCCAUCUUUAAAGUUCACCUGCGUCCUCUGAAGCUGGAUGCUGGAUUGGACAAAGACGCUCUGGCUAAAAAGAUGGCCGCCCUCACACCUGGAUUCUCAGGUGCCGACAUCGCCAACGUGUGCAACGAGGCCGCUCUGAUCGCCGCCCGCCACCUCUCAGACGCCAUCAACCAGAAACACUUUGAGCAGGCCAUCGAGAGGGUCAUUGGAGGUCUGGAGAAGAAGACCCAGGUCCUGCAGCCAGAGGAGAAGAAGACGGUGGCGUAUCACGAGGCCGGUCACGCCAUCGCCGGUUGGUUCCUAGAGCACGCCGACCCGCUGCUGAAGGUGUCCAUCAUCCCCCGAGGGAAGGGUCUGGGUUACGCCCAGUACCUGCCUAAAGAACAGUACCUGUACACCAAAGAGCAGCUGCUGGACCGCAUGUGUAUGACCCUGGGGGGGCGGGUCUCAGAGGAGAUCUUCUUUGGACGGAUCACCACUGGAGCUCAGGACGACCUCCGAAAGGUCACACAGAGCGCCUACGCACAGAUUGUUCAGUUUGGGAUGAACCCCAAGGUGGGUCAGGUGUCCUUCGACCUCCCGCGGCAGGGCGAGAUGGUUCUGGAGAAACCGUACAGCGAGGCGACAGCUCGGCUCAUCGACUCUGAGGUGCGAGCUCUGAUCAGCGAGGCGUACCAGAGAACCCACCAGCUGCUGAGCGAGAAGAAGGCCGAGGUGGAGAAGGUGGCGCUGCGUCUGCUGGAGAAGGAGGUUCUGGAUAAGAACGACAUGGUGGAGCUGCUGGGUAAACGCCCCUUCGCUGAGAAGUCGACGUACGAGGAGUUUGUGGAAGGAACCGGGAGCGUGGACGAGGACACGUCGCUGCCGGAGGGUCUGAAGGACUGGAACCAGGAGAGAAAGGACAAAGAGGAGAGCCAGGACGAGCAAGUGGCCCGCCAGAUCUCUGGAGGAAUGCCUUUCUAGAACGUUCUGAUGGACAGCUGAGCCCCCACCACACUGACUGUCACCCCCCACCUAUAUAUGAAACUAAUCUGGACGUCAGUAACCACCUCCAGGAUUAAACCACAGCUCUGCAGUCGCUUCUAGAAACUUCUCUGUGCAGCAUCGCCACAGCCAGUCCUAACAGCACACUGACAACAUCAGCUCAUGUCAGCUGUUUCCUGUCGUUGAGAUUCUAAAGCAUCGCUCAGCUCUGCUUUCCUUCCUGUUGCUCAGGUCACUGUGGAGGAACACAGGAGAUCUAGAGGCACUAAGAACCUCCUAGAAUGUUCUCUUGGUUUUAAGAAGUGGUGCAGCAAUAAUAUCUAGGGAUGUCCCUACGUCAAUUUAAAAUAUGCAAAUAAAACUUCCUCUUAAGACUGUCACCUCUGAGUAACAUUUAUUCAGCACAGGGUCACAACCACCAACCACAUCUCCUCUUAAAAGUUUAAAAUGUCCAGACCAGACCAGACCUGUACCCUCACCUGGUGGGUGGGCUGUAGACGUGGUCAUGUGACCUUACAGUCAUCCGCUCAGUGGCAGAGAGUUCAGAAAAUUAUCUGUCUGA